AUGACGAAGAAAAAGAUCAGACAACUCGAGCAGAAGCGAACAAACAUUCUCGCCUCACUGGAUCGAUGCGAGGAUUAUUCAGAACGCUGCAACAGUGAAGAAGACCGGCAUGAAAUCAACCUUCGCCUCAAUAGCAUGGACAAACUUUGGAGUACGUUUGAGGAAGUACAAACAGACAUCGAAUGCCACGAGGAAUCGCUCGUUUCCGAAUCACAACACAUGUCCACGCGCGAGAAAUUUGAAACAAAGUUUUUUCGUGUGAAGGGAGCUUUAUUGUCGAAAAUACCAGAUGCGCCAUCACAGCAACUUCCUGCCGACCGUGCUCAGCAAUCGAACUCAUCGUAUGCUCCUGGAGUCAAGCUUCCAACCAUCACCCUACCGGAAUUCGACGGAGAUUAUAAUCAAUGGUUGACGUUUCACGACACCUUUAUGGCGUUGAUCCAUUCAUCGAAUGAAAUUUCAACCGUACAGAAGUUUCAUUAUCUCCGGGCAGCACUUAGAGGUGAAGCCGCCCAACUCAUCGAGUCCCUUACAAUUAGUUGCAUGAACUAUCCAGUGGCUUGGCAAAUUUUGGUUGACCGUUACUCAAACAGCUACCUUCUCAAGAAACGACACAUGCAUACCAUGUUGGAUCAUCCGAAAAUCAAGCGAGAAUCAGCUAGCGCCCUACAUGGAUUGAUCGACACAUUCGAACGACAUAGCAAAAUUUUAAAACAGCUACAAGAGCCUGUGGAUAGUUGGAGCACGAUUAUGGUGCAUUUGCUUUGUUCACGUCUAGAUGACGCCACAUUAAAAUUAUGGGAAGAUCAUGCAUCGACUCUUUUGGAUCCAAAUUAUGGUGCGCUUAUCGAGUUUUUGCAACGAAGGACACGGGUACUCGAAUCGCUGCAGGUCAACAUUGCACACUCAUCGCAAACACCAAUACCGGCGCAACCAUUCAAGCGACUUGGCCCAGCAAAGGUGUAUGCACAUGCAGCUGCAGAAGAACGCGUAUUUAAAUGUGUAGCUUGCUCGCAUAAUCAUCGGUUAGUUGAAUGUCAGGAUUUUCCCAAGAUGUCACACGAGAAGCAGUUGGAUCUGGUAAACUCAAAUCGCUUGUGCAGCAACUGCUUUAGGUCCGAUCAUUUUGUGAAGAACUGCCCAUCAAAAUUCCGAUGUCGUACCUGCAAAGGAAAGCAUCAUACAAUUAUCCAUCCAGGUUUUCCUAGCUCGAAGGAUACAACAAAAUCAGUCACGUUAGCUGCAUCGGCAUCACGGGAAGCUGAGCUCGAUCGGAAAGCCGCCGGCCAGAACGCAUCGACCUCAACACUUGUAAAUACUGCAGCGAUUGGAUUGAACACCUUUUUGAUGACGGCGGUUGUAAAGGUGGUUGAUCGACACGGUAAUGAACUGUUGGCGCGAGCUAUGCUGGAUUGUGGUUCAAUGUCGAACAUUAUGACAGAAAGGCUCUCUCAGAUGCUGCGUUUGAAGGGACGGAAAAUGGAUAUCAAUGUGCAUGGUGUUGGCACGGGCGUUAUCAAAUGCACCCAAAUGGUUACAACAGAGGUACGAUCCAGACUCUCGGACUAUGCGGUAACAAUGGAAUUCUUAGUGCUCAACAAGGUGACAUCGAAACAGCCGCUCAACAACAUCGAUACGAAUGCUUGGAACAUCCUGGAUAACGUGUCAUUGGCGGACCCGAAAUUUAACGUGUGUGGGGAGGUGGAUAUUAUACUCGGAAUACAGCACUUCUUUUCCUUCUUUCGGCCAAACCGACAGAUUAAUUUGGGACAUAAUUUGCCACUAGUGGUGGAAACUGUUUUUGGAUGGGUUAUUGCUGGAGCUUCUUCCUUUCAACCACAUUCUCGAAUCACUGUUACGAACUGUGCUAGCAUCGAAUCGCUGAACCGCUUGGUGGAAAGAUUUUGGGAGGUGGAGGAAAUGGCCGAUAGAAAACCUUUGUCCAUCGAAGAGGAGGAUUGCGAAACACUUUACCACAAUACGACAACCAGAAACGAGCAGGGGCGGUAUAUCGUUCGUUUGCCGACGAAACCGGAGAUUGGCCAAAUGUUAGGCGAGUCAAAAUCAGCUGCCUUACAUCGAUUCAAUUUGCUCGAGAGGCGAUUUGAAAACAAUGAAGAUUUAAAAACUGCGUACCAUAGUUUCAUGAGGAACUAUCUGCAACUACAUCACAUGGAACCAGUCCCGGAUGGAGAGCAGCAGACGAGGAGAAGUUUUUACUUGCCGCAUCACCCAGUGCUGAAGGCAUCCAGUUCAACAACAAAAUUAAGGGUGGUUUUCGACGGAUCAGCUAAAACGUCGUCUGGCAAUUCAUUAAACGACUCGCUUUUAGUUGGGCCGGUGUUGCAGGACGAGCUGCUGCAAAUAGUCAUUCGCUUUCGAAAAUACGCUGUUGCAUUGGUAGGCGACAUUGAAAAAAUGUAUCGUCAGGUGAUGGUACACCCUGACGACAGACCCUUACAGAAAAUUCUGUGGAGAUUUGACCCUUCGGAACCAAUUCAAACCUACCAGCUUUGCACCGUUACCUAUGGACUAGGACCAUCUUCAUAUUUGGCUACAAAAACGCUAAUAAAACUGGCAGAGGAUGAAGGGCAGCAUUAUCCCAAAGCAGCGCCGCUGGUUUCGAAAGGAUACUAUAUCGAUGACUUCAUUGGAGGCGAUGACACGGUGGAAGGAGCGAUAGAAUUGCGGAAGGAAAUGAGCGAGUUAAUGGCAGGUGGCGGUUUUCCACUGCGUAAAUGGACGUCCAAUAAGCUAGAAGUGCUUCAAGGAUUACCCUCGGAUCAAAUUGGGACCCAGUCUUCUGUUAAGUUCAAUCCAGAUGAAACGAUUAAAACAUUGGGCAUCAUAUGGGAGCCUGAGUCAGAUUGUCUAAGGUUCAAUCUCAGCAUUAAGGAAAGGGAUGGUAUACUCACCAAGCGUAAAAUUCAGUCAUGCAUCGCUCAGCUAUACGAUCCAUUGGGAUUAAUCUCACCAGUUGUAAUAACAGCAAAAAUAAUUAUGCAGCGUUUGUGGCUUAUUCCCAUCGGCUGGGACGACGAAGUUCCUAAGGAUCUACAGGAACUAUGGGAAGACUUUCGACCUCAAAUAGAGCAACUAUCGUGCUUCAAGGUGGAUCGAUUUGUUUUUCUCCCGGAUGCAAUAUCUACACAGUUUCAUUGCUUCGCGGACGCCUCCAAGGUUGCUUAUGGCUGCUGCCUUUACGCCCGCACAGUGGACAGGAACGGAACGGUUAAGGUACAAUUAAUAUCAUCAAAAUCCCGGGUUGCUCCGCUGAAGCGACUCAGCAUCCCAAGAUUAGAGCUUUGCGCCCCACCCAGCUAUCCGCUCGUUUAUACAACAAGGUCAUCCAAGCACUCGGAAUGGAAAUCAACUCGGUUCACUUUUGGUCGGACUCAACGGUUGUGCUAA